AUGAAGAAACCGCGACGUCGUCGCUAUGAGUCCGAGCUCGACUACACGAAGGAUGCUGAGGAAAAUUCGAAAAUAUUGUUAAGAGAGAAAUACGAGAUAUUGAGGUGGACAGACACAGUUGAAAUCAAAACUCCAAAUCUCUUGAUUCCGACACAAAUUGCAAAUUAUGUGGAGUCAUUGCCAUUCUGUAAAUUCACCGUGUCUCCGUCGGCAGAUCGCUUUGCUCUUAUGCAUCAUAAUCGGCAACUGGAUGUGUAUGCAAUCGAUGGCCAAAAUAUUUCGCUGGAGUCGAGUUUACAAGUUCUCGAAGACGAAUUCGCACAGUACUGCCUCCUGGAAUACUCCGCCUCUGGUUCGCUUCUGCUCUCUACUCGAAGUAGUGCUCAAAUUGAUGUGUUCGACCAUCAGGGUGGAUACUGCUAUGACAUUCCUCUGGAGUCUCCACAGAACAAUCUUGACUUAGUUUGUGCCAUCUCCGCCCUAAGAACCGUUGCGAACACCUCAUCAGAUGAAAAAUAUUUGGAUACUCUGUACACUCUUCAAUACAAUGGUACUUUCUCGGUCUAUAAAAUAGGUCGUCUAACAAGGUACCAGAAGCUGUCGUCAGUAUCGCUGGACAUUGGUUUGGCUGGUACUUUUUGCGUACUGCCCUUCUAUAACCUUCUAUUGGUCUCCUUUCACUAUCGCGCUUCCUCUGAAGGCGGCUUACCAGGAGGCCUAUGUUCAUUCCGUUUGACGGAUACUGAUCCUUUUGUUGAACCGAUAAGAGUUGCUGUCGAGCAAGCUGGAUGGUUGCCCCGUCUUCCGUUUAGCUCUGCUAGCUAUGCAUAUUUGGUUUCGAUGUCAGUGAACGAGUCAUUAACGAAACUUGCUGCAGUUUCCAGCAACGGCGAUUUCUUCUUGUUCGAUAUUCCUUCGACACGAAUCGUGUUUCAAGUAAAAUACAUAACAGGACCUCGACCUGUUCAAGCUGUUUUUAUUGAGAACGAAGAAGUUGGAGUGAUAUUUCACACUGGGGAGCUAGUUAGGAGCUUUUUGGAUGACCUGCAGGACGCACUUUACUCCGUCCAUUGCACUGACGUGUUCACAUCACGUACUACUUUGGUGUCUCCUCGCCGUAGAGAAUUGUUCAUUCUCGCCAACGAUGGUGGAAGUGACACUCUGCGUGAGGUAGCACUUCAACGAACGUCUUUGGCUUGCCGCUUGUGGAUUUUCACACUAUGGAGCUCAUUCAAAAAUCUUAUGGGCAUAGCAGCUGGAGAUGCUCCUGUUCCCUUAGAGAAAGCCACUCAUUCUGAAUCGCUGGAUUUUGUUUUGCUCCAUGCACCAACACGGACGUUGCAGGAGCUGUUUGAGAGAACGUUGAAUGAGCGCAACUAUUCUCGUGCAAAAAGCCUAGCAGAAAGCUACGACAGUAUUGACAUCGACAUUGUCCUCAAACGAGAAUGGCGAGAUAUUUGCCACAGCCAGACAGUGACUGUGAAGAACGUGGACAAUACUUUACGUCAAAUACACGACAAGGAUUGGGUGAUUGAUGCGUGUAGUUCAAGCGAUGCCCCGUCCCUGCAAGUACAGAAAGCGCUUGUUGACUUGGGGACAUCUUUUCCUAGUGCAUCCUUGCUAUCGCAAGUGCGUCUUCACCAUAAUGCUUGCAUGUUAUUAGUGUGCGAAGAUGUAAAUGAGUAUAUAGAAGUUCGGAAUUUGUCUUGUCUGGAUGCUGCUUUUCGAUUUGCUAAGCGUAUCAAGUUCGUUUCCCUCGAUCGACUCAUAGAACAAAACUAUUCGUUGCUUCUUCCCUUCAUGCUUGACAUUUUAUCACAUAUUCCUCCAAGUGUACCUCCAAAUAGAUAUGAACAUCUUCUGCCCGAAAAAAAUGGAAAAGAGGUGCAACUUGACAAGGUAACAUAUUUCGUGUACUCCGGGGAGGGGAAGGAAAUCGAGGAAGCAGUGCGGAUUUGCAAUACGGGUGAACAUAAAAUUGAAACCCCAAUAAACGACUUCUCUAACUGGGUAAGAAAUCGAGUUGAGUUAAUGGACUUUGAGGCCGGCUUACCCGAACAUUGCGUUGCUUUACUUACUCUCAGUGUUCAACGUGGAUACGAGGAACUUGAGGAAGAGCUAGAGCGAUUUACGUACUAUAAGUCUUUCGUAACUAUGUGUUCGCUUGUUGGAGAGACAUUUCAAAGGUUUUGUGCAGCAUCGUGGGAACAUUACGUUUCUUUCCUAAAGAAGCUUCCAUCCGAAGAAUUGGUUCGACACUCUUCAGCCAUUUUUUCCUUACUGAAGUGGAAGACUCAAGACUCAAAGACCCCUACUGAGGAUUUGAAAGGAGCUGUAUCUUCAUUUUUGUUGGCUGUUAGUCAAAACAAUGUUGAUGUGUUACAAACUUUUCGGAAAGAACGAAGCAAGAUUGUGGACAAGGACAUGAUUGUGAAAUGUCUUAGUAAUUCGGAGCUAACUGGUGACAGCCUUCUACUUGCCGUUCGCUCAUUAGGUGUCUGUCCUGAAUUGGCAAGCUCGCUGAUUAGCUUCCAUUCACGUGGUGUGCGACCGACUUUCAAACAGCUAUGGGAGAGUACAUCUGAUGCUGAUGCAGCACGACGGCUGCUUAUUCGAAUGGCACGAUGUGGUCAGGUCGCUUCUGUGGCUGAAUGGGAAACGCUUCGAGACGAGGUCCUGGAACUGGCGAGGAGCAUAUAUUCGGAGCUUAUUCAUCCUGAUGAGGCUAUAGACAUUGUUACUCGCGAGAUGUUGUCCGACACAUGUAUACCGCACGACAAACAUAUCCUUCAACUGUUUCUAACUCUGGACAAGAGUACGUCAAGGAAGACCGAAAGAGCAAGACUCAGUGUUGAAAAGAGCGCUGAAGUUCUCAUUGGAAAGAGUGAAGAAUUGAUGCAAGAAGCUUCCGGACCUGACGACGCAGUUCUGCAACAAUCUCGCAGCCUUGCUGAAGCUGCUCGUGCAAUUGCCCCGAAAGCAGCAGCUCAACAGUUGAAAUUAUUGGAUACUGUAGAUCUGGCUCAUGAGCUAGGGUCAACAAUACUGCCGGUCGCUAUCAGAUUUGCCGAACCUUAUGCGUUCUUGGAAGAAAUUGUAAAACUUAAUGGUAACUAUAAGCAGGGCAAGAAGUGCGCAAAGCUGGCCGUACUUCUUGGAGUUGAAACGCCAGUAGCGACAGCUCUUUCACUCUGUGCUCUUUCAGCUCUGAUUGAACACGAUGAGCGAUAUUUAAGGAAAUAUAUUCAAGAAGUCAUAGCAAAGGGCCGUGAUCUUCCUGUUGUUCAUGAACUUUGCAUCCGAAUUAUGGAGUCUUCUUUCGUUCCUGAAGCAAUGGAUGAAAUUUAUGCAUGUGCUUUGCUAAAUGCUCCACAGGACAAGCUUCUAGAAACAUUGGAUUUGAUACAAAAUCAUAGAACAGCAAGGAACCGGCACGACCACGACAAACCCGAAAUUAACGACAAACUAGUGAUUGAACCAAUUUAUGUAACUCCUAAGACAUGCCAAUACAUAGCUCGUGCAGAUGAUUCCGCUUGCCGUGUCCUUCGGGAGUGCUCUGGCAUUCCAACAAAUGAGACAGCGAUUUGGCUGACUAACAUUAGUUCAUCACUAGCUUUAUGCACUGCAAUGACAGAAGAAGAGGGUUUACCAUGGACUAAGAACGACUUUCUCAUCAAAUAUGAGCAGGCACUCCGAUUCCUGGAACCGCAACUGAACGAAUACCUGGUGGAAAAUGUGCCUCCCUCUAUUCUGAUCUCCCAAACAACAAUGUCGAAUACUAACGUAACGGUUCUUGAUAGGAUAUCAAAUUAUGGUUGCGAUCGUGAACGUUUUAUUGAGGAUCCAGAAUAUCGAAGAGAAACUAUCAUAGGCUUAGCUAUGACAGAAGACGAAGAUAUGUACGGUGAUGCAAUACAAUUGGCAGCUGACUUCAAAAUGAACGAUUGGGCAGUGCAUUUUGCAUCUCUUGAAAAUGCUCUAACUUCUAUGUCAGUUGUGGAAGCAAAAGCCUUGCUGAAGUCUCGUGGCCACCUGUCACGACUGCGUGCUGAGGCAGAUAAGUUCCAUAGCCAGCUGCGAGCUAGUGUCGGGCCUUUGAUGACCACAAAUGAGCAGUUUGUUGCGUACCUAACGCUAUUCGCCGAAGGACAGCCGGAAAAGGCUGCAUUACCGGUCCUGAAGAGAAUUCUGGAGAAAAAACGGGAUGUGAACGCUGCGCGGCUCUUCUCAGAUGCGGAAUAUUUAUGUAAUACGAUCAUUAGCAUUCCUGACCGUGCUAUUCUUUCUUUGGUUGAUGGAUUUCUCGCAAUCCCGGUCGGAUCGGUAGCUUGUGAAGCUGCCGCACGGACCCUUCUCGAUGGGAAUGAUAUGCGACCUGCUGCAAAUCCUGCUGUGAUCUUUGCGUUGUUGGGCAAGGACGAGACGAAUUUUAUAGACCUUGUUGCAUCGAAAAGUAUAUCGAAUGAAUUGAUGUACCUGGAAAGAGCUACUUUAAUUUUGGAAGCGAUGCCAAAUGUGGACACUAAAUUAGUUGACGCUGUCAGACAAAGAUUGACUCUAUUACAAACUCCAGCUGAAAAUAACACUAGCACUCCACCAGAACCUUUUGAACAGCAGAAUACGAUGGUCUUUCAUAGAAGGAGAAGAUGA